AUGCCACAGGCAGCUUCAGCUCACGAUACUUUUUGGGAUUUUAUUUCAUUGAUGCCGGAAUCUAUGCACAUGAUUAUGUGGACCAUGAGCGAUCGUGCUAUUCCCAGAAGUUACCGCAUGAUGGAAGGUUUUGGUGUACAUACUUUUCGAUUUAUAAGCGAGCAAGGUAAAUCUACUUUUGUAAAGUUUCAUUGGAAGCCUGUUCUUGGAGUACAUUCAGUAGCAUGGGAUGAAGCUCAAAAAAUUUCUGGUAAAGAUCCUGAUUUUCACCGUCGCGAUUUAUGGGAGGCUAUUGAAAGUGGUAAUUUUCCAGAAUGGGAAUUGGGUGUACAAUUAGUGGAUGAAAAAGAUGAAUUUAAAUUUGAUUUCGAUCUACUCGAUCCCACAAAAUUAAUUCCCGAAGAAUUAAUUCCUGUAAAAAUUAUUGGUAAAAUGACUUUGAACAGAAAUCCUGAUAAUUUUUUUGCAGAAACAGAGCAGGUUGCUUUUCAUCCCGGACAUUUAGUACCAGGUAUUGAUUUUUCUAACGAUCCAUUAUUACAGGGCCGGUUAACGGCAAGAACUCCGGAAGGCAUUACCAAUCAUAGCGUACCGGCCGAUGAAGAUCCUAAAAAAUACCAAUCGAAAAAGAAAGUCCCUGAAGUUCAGAUUUCAAAAGCGUUAAGUAUGAAGAAUACAAACAAGAAAUCUAUUGCUACGCGUUGCAUAGCUUUUUUAGUUGCUGAUGGGGUAGACGGGACUUUACUUACUGCUAUGAAAAAAGCAAUUGAAUCAGAAGGAGCAAAACUAAAAAUCAUCGCACCAAAGCUGGGAACAGUCAAAACAUCUUCUGGCUCAGCUAUUGCAGUAGAUGAAAGUUUUUUACAGGCGACCAGCGUAGUUUACGACGCCGUUUAUGUUCCUGCGGGAAGAGAAAGUAUUACAACAUUAAAAAAAGAACCAGACGCUUUGCAUUUCGUUAACGAAGCAUACAAACAUUGCAAAACAAUUGCAGCUCCUUUAGAAUUUCUGGAAGAAACAUACAUUGAUACUUCGAAAGCUGACAACGGAUUAAUAACAGACUCUUCGGCAACAGAGAAAACUUUUAUUAAAGCAGUCUCUCAACACCGUUUUUGGGAACGAGAAGCCGCCCGAAAAGUUCCGGCUUAA